GAUGGUUUGCUCAAAAUCCAAAAUUAUAGAUUUAGAAAAUCAGUAAUUAGUGUUUUCUGAUCUGUAUAUAUAGAGCACAGCACAGCUACAACAAGUGUUGUCCCAUUUCUGUGUUCGUUCGCCACCACCCCGUCUAAAACGCAAUGGAAAACAACCCUGAUCAAUCGGCAGCUGCGGCUGAGGAAUCUUACGACUCUCUCCUUGAUAAACAGGAGGAGCAGCUUGAGAUGUUUUGGAACUACCAGCGACAAGAAAUUGAGAACGUUAACGACUUCAAAAACCAACAACUUCCCCUUGCCCGUAUCAAGAAAGUCAUGAAAUCUGACGAGGAUGUGCGUAUGAAUAUGAUCUCUGCUGAAGCACCCAUAUUUCUUGCAAAAGCAUGUGAGCUCUUCAUUCUGGAACUCACCAUUCGUUCUUGGCUUCGCGCAGAGGAAAACAACCACCGGAUUCUUCAGAAGAGCGACAUCGAGACGGCGAUUGCUCAGGAUGACACUUUUGACUUCCUUUUUGACGUUAUUCACGAGGAAGGGGCAAUGCUCCAGCCUGCUGUUGAUCCUUCAAUGUACGUUCAGCCUCCACCAUCGCAGGCGUGCCAGUCCGUCUGCCAGGCUGCUAGUGGACAGGGUAAUCUUGAUGAUCAAAGUUAAGGAUCAUGUUCGCCGCUGAUCCGGAUGUUUAUUGGCACAAAAAUGCUAUUAGUUACUAAUGCUACAGGUCCUCUCAAAUGUGAACGCUUAUUGGUACUGUCCAUGGAUACUGGCUUAAGUGUAAUGACUAAUCCUUUAGUCGUUGUCUUGUCUGUCUAAAACUGUGUAGUUUAUCCGAAUGCUUAUGGAGUUCUGGUUUUCAGUAUUAUUAUAAACUGACCUUUCGACCUGCAUAACAAUUCUGUAUGUUACUUUAAUUAGUUCUCUUUCUGCGCUAUAGUGUUUUGACUAUUGUCCUUGUGCUAUACUUGGAUGGUGGAUCCACCAAGAGUUAUCGGCAGUGGGAUGACUAGUAAACCUAGUGGGCACCAAAGAGUGUAGCCUAGUAAUUGAAUUAGGUUACUUCAAUCUCUUCCUGAAGUAAUUGAAUAUUAGUCAAUUUUAUCUCAUAGAGGAGUAGAUUAAACUCUCGAAAUCCUCCUUUAUUUUUUCCCCUCUCUUGAUCCCUCUUUUCUUUAGGGUAAAUCUAUUUGAAUGAAGAGGAAGGGGAAGAAAAUGGAAGAAGGAGGGAUUAUGUCCCACUACUUAUCACGAUUGUAAAGGAACAUAACGUUCCCUCUUAAUAAUUAAUAGCAGCACAUUGUUUCCAUAUCUCACAUAACUACUUUCUAUUUGAAUGCUUUGCAUAUUAGUUGCAGAAAGUUCACUUUUUGCAUUACACUGGUUUAGCAACUAGUGGAAACUUCCAUCUUCAUCCAGCAGAAACCCUGUCAAAUGGGUUUUCUUCUCUUAAAUGGACAAUAGAGCAGCUAUUGCUGUACUUAAUAAAUAUGCCUAGAACAUGGUUCUCUAUUUAGAGCACUUUAAAGAAUAUAGAAAACAACACGCCCUGCUGCAAGCUGUUUGAAGAAAUGGAGAAUGCAUUUGUUCCUUCUCUUCCUUACAAGUCUUGUCUGCUUCAGUCAUUUGUCAGUGAAUGUAAAGAGAUAAUAGCUUUAACUUUCGGCAUUUUAGGAGGUUUUGCGAAAAGACACAAUAGUUUGUCUGUAUGUGAUCGCACAGGCUGGAAAGAAUCAGAUAAAGAUAACAAGUUGUAACUGAUAGUUAGAGUUCUGUUUUUGGACAGUAUCUGAGUGAAGAAGUUCUCUAAGCAUAAAUUACUAUGCACAUUAUUACAGAGAACACUGGUUUUCACUCAGAUACAAUGUUCCUUCCAGCUUUGGUUAAUCAGAAGACACUAAAUCAGAGCUCAUUUUUUCUGCAGAUUUGUAGUCUAAGACCUUAAAUCUUUGGUGCAAAAGCAUCGAGUAAUACAACUCUCUUUUCACAGCAGUAGCAAAACAUGGCUAAAUCAUAUAUCAGUCAUUAAAACUUUACACCAGAUUCUUAAUCUUCAACUCAGUACUAACUUCAUUGUCACUAAGACAGCUGGAAAAGUUAAGGUAAAUGAAAACUAAGGACUUCAUUCUGGAAAAAGGAGGAAAAAGAAAAACUUCAUAAAUAGUAUUUUCAAUUUGAUAUUCCAAAAGAAAAGGGAGUUAGUAGAUGGUGAUCUGAAUAUUUGUAUUUGCACCUUCACCAAAAAACAAAGAGAAUUAUCUGCAAGGCUAUUUUUUUUCCCCAUAUUUACUUGCUUUCUUCUAAAAAGAAAGAUACUAAGUUUAUGCCCCUAGGGGUAAGUUCAAUUGGCAAAGGAUGAGGGACUUGUGUCUUAGGUCAGAGGUUCGACCCCCGCGCCAAGCGAAUAACUCUAGUAUUUAAGUGGAGAUGGGUAGAAGGGUGAGCCCAUCAUCCCCGAGUUUAGAAGGCUGCGGUUGGCCCAAAAGGGUCGGCUCCAGAUGAAUAUAUCGGUCAACAAAAACAUACAAAAAAAUAAAGGCUACUAAAUUUACUAAAUCUGAAAUAGAUUUUAGAUAUUAUCAUAUUAAGGUGAAAUCUAAUAUGAAUCUAUCUAUUCAAGGAAGUAUAAUUAUAGUCAGAAGUUGAAAACUUUUCUGACGAUGUGAUCUAAAAGAAAGAAGAAAAUAUAAGGAAAAAAAUUAGCAAGGAAAAUUACAGUUAAUUUAUAUAACCCAAAAACUAAUUUAUUAAAUUUUAUUCUCUGACAACAACAUACCCAGUGUAAUCCCACAAGUGAAGUCUGGGGAGGGUAGUGUGUACACAGACCUUACUCCUACCUUGUACACGUAAAAAGGCUAUUUCCGAUAGAACCUCGAGUCAAAUAAAGCAUAAACACAACAUUUAUGGAAACAUACACAGUAACAACAACAAGAUAGUAAGGAAACCGAAGCAGAAGAGACAACAAGUUGUAGUAGAAAACUAAGAAUAAGAAAUGCGAAAAUAAUAAAAGACGCAAAUAAUACCAUCGUUAAGGAAAAGUAAGACGCGUAUCAACUUACUACUAGCCUUAUACUCUAAUCUUCACCCAGCACACCCUCCUAUCUAAGGUAAUGUCCUCGGUAAGCUGAAGACUUCUCAUGUCCUGAGUCUUGACUGAUCACCUCUCCCCAAUACUUCUUCGGCCUACCUUCAACUCUCUUCAGACCCUCCAUCGCCAGCCUCUCAUACCUUCUCACCAGAGCGUCUGUGCAUCUCUCUUGACAUGUCCAAACCAUCUUAGCCUCGCGCCCCGCAUUUUGUCCGCCACGGAGGCCACUCCCACCUUGUCCCGAAUAUCUUCAUUUCAGAUCAUAUCUCCCCUAGUAAGCCCACACAUCCAUCUUAGCAUCCUCAUUUCGGCAAUUCUCAUCUUCUGGAUAUGCGAGUUCAUGCUGGCCAGCACUCCGCCCAUGCUACAAAGUCGGUCUAACCAUUACUCGGUAGAAACAUGGUUAAAUUUUAUUCUCCUAAUCACCAUGAACGCAUUCUUGAAAAAGGAGGAAAAAGAAAAAUUGCAUAAAUAGUAGUAUUUUUAAUUUGAUAUUCUAAAAAGGAAAGGAAGUUAGUAGAUGGUGAUCUGAAUAUUAGUAUUUGCACCUUCACCAAAAAACCAAAAUAAAUAUCUUCAACGUAGAUGUUUUUCCAUAUUUACUUGCUUUCCUUUAAUAAGAAAGUUACUAAGUUUACUAAAGGGAUAAGGCACAGAAAUACACCUAAACUAUAGCGAAUUGCCAACUACAUAUCCUAUGACCUCCCUUGAACUUAUUUUUUUUCCUAUUAUUUACCCCUGCACUAAUUACCUAGUAAAGAAAAUAAGUUAAAAUGCAGCAUAACAAAUAAGCUAAAACGCAGCAUAAGCAAACACGUGCUUAUUCAAAACUAAAAAAGGGAUUUCAAUGUCUUUUUUAAUUUGAUUCUUUCAAACCCAAAUGAUUGGACCCUCGUCCUCUCUCAAAAGGGUAAUGAAGAGCGACAUUUCAAUGAAGUGUUUCAGACAAAUAAAUUAAAAGGAAUGGAGAUUGUAACAGUGAAAGGAGGACAAAGGGUUUGAGAGAGGAUGAGGAUCCGAUCGUUUGGAUUUGAAAGAAACAAAUGAAAAAAACACAGUAUGACUCCUUUUUUUAGGUCUAGAAUAAGUGUGUGUUUGCACAUGCUGCAUUUUAACUUAUUUUCUUUAGUGGAUAAUUAGUGAAGGGGGUAACUAAUACGAAAGAAAAUAAGUUCAAGGGGUCGUUGGAACCCUCGCAUAGUUUAGGUGUGUAGUUGACAAUUUUGCCAUAGUUUAGGCGUGUUUCUAUGCCUUAUCUCUUUACUAAAUCUGAAAUAGAUUUUAGAUGUUAAGAUGAAAUCUAUCUGAAUUCCUAUCUAUUGAAGGAAAUAUAAUUAUAGUCAGAACUUGCCCCAGGAUGUGAUUUCAAAGACAAACAAAUAUAUAAGGAAAAAAAUUUAGCAAGUAAAAUUACAGUUAAUGCAUAUAUCCCAAAGAUAUUUUUUUCUCUCCAAAUUACAGAAAGUUGGAUUAUUUAACUAUGGUUAAAACUUAAUCAUGGUAAGGGUUUAACUUCUACUAACCCCCCUCCCCAAACUAUAAAAGAUCAAAAAAAAGAAGGCCAGGCCAAACCUGAAAAUAUUACUUUAAAUUCAGGGAGAACAAAGCCUUUUUCCUAUUUUUUUCAAAAAAUGGUUUUACCAGCCAAAAUUGCAGAUACCUGUAGGGUUUGUUGAAAUUCUGAAUGAUCAACACUCUGUAUAGCUAGAAACCGGGGAAAGAAUUUUUUUUGGGUGGAAAUUUAACAGUGACUCAUUCUAUGUGAUUCACCAUUGCUUCCUUUUGUAGGGUUUGAAGAAGACAGUUCUUCUCCAUAAUUAAGUCAAUGACUGUUCUUGAUCCUUACUUCCAUGAUUUUGACAAGGAUAGAACGGCAAAAUCUUUUGAUGAUAAUCAAGUCUGGGCUGCUUAUGAUGAUGGUGAUGGCAUGCCGCGCUAUUAUGCUACAAUUCACAACGUGAUCUCUAAAAAGCCAUUUAAAGUGCAAUUCAGCUGGUUGAACUCCAAAAACAACUCUGAACUUGGCCCAAUGAACUGGGUUGGACCAGCGGAGAUUUCAGGGUUGCAGUGGAUGCUUUCUUUGUAUAAUGAUAAUAAUAAGCUAAAUGGUAUAUUGGCUGAUGAGAUGGGUCUGGGGAAGACUUUGCAGGUGAAUAUAUUUACCCUUUCAUCCAACUUAGUGUCCUGCUUUACCCUGUGAGUUGGAUCCUUAUAACUAUAAGCGGGUCAAACGCGUGAAAGAAAAGUUAAACAUUAUCGAACAACAUGCUAAAUUUGUAACAGAGGGAAUACAUAUUAUUACACCAACUUCAAGGUUAUGGCAUUAAUUGCUCACUGGAUGGAAUUCAAACAAAACUAUGGACCACAUCUUAUAAUUGUGCCAAAUGCAGUUCUAGUUAAUUAGAAGGUUGGUAAUCAAUUGCUGUUGAUGGUGUGUCUUUCUGGUUUCCCUUGGUACUUAUUCUAUAUUUCCAGAAUGAGUUUCUCAAUUGGAUUCCAUCUGCGUCCUGCAUUUUCUAUGUUGGUGGGAAGGAUCAAAGAUCGAAGUUAUUUUCGCAGGAAGUUGUGCAAUGAAAUAUAAUGUUCUCGUCACUACAUACGAGUUCAUCAUGUACGAUCAUGCUAAACUUUCAAAAGUCCAUUGCAAGUAUAUAAUAAUUGAUGGAGCAUAUAAUAAUUGAUGAAGCGCAACGUAUGAAGGACGGGGAAUCAGUUCUUGUUCGUGAUCUUGACAGAUAUCAAUGCCAAAGGCGCUUACUUCUCAUGGAAACACUGUGCAUUGCUUAUGUUCAGAUCUAUGUUCUUCGGCUUAUGUUUGGAUCUGCAUUAUUGCCAUAAGUUUAUUGCCUAUGUCCUACUUCUAACUAGGCUAUGCUAGUUUAGGAUGCUAACAAAAGUAUUCAAGCCUGAGCCCAGUUGCUCAAUUGUCUUAAAACUUGCACAUAUAGAAUGGUAUAUCUUUUGAAUUCAGUCGCAUGCCGCUCCAUUGGAAUUUAAUUGGUUGUAACUGUGCUUCUAGUCUUGAUAGCUUUGUGAAUCUCCUUGGAAGGAAAAUUGUGGUCCAGCAAUAUAUUAUUGCUAACAAUCAUAAUUCAUCAUCGAGACCUUAGUACAGCUAAAGGAAAGACCCCUGCAUGAGGUUUUAAGUGUCCUGUUUUUGUAGUGCCUAUGCAGAGUUACAUAGACAAUAAAAAAUGAAUCUUCGCAGUUUUGUCCUUGGCUGGAGUUUUUUUGCCAUAUGAUCUUAAACAUGGUUCACUGGUUAGUGGUUACAACUGGGUGCUUAUUUUCCUUUUGACCGCGUGAACUCUUUCUUUCUUAUCCCAUCUUGUCUUAACUUCCUUAGCCUAUGAAUUAACAUAAGAGAAUUUGUUUAAAUGUGUUUGAUGCAGAAUGAUCUGAAGGAAUUAUGGUCACUUCUAAAUCUACUACUUCCAGAAGUAUUUGAUAAUCGCAUAGCAUUUCAUGAUCGGUUCUUUAAUCCCUUUCAGAAAUAAGGUCCAAUACACAAUGCUGAAGAUGACUGACUUGAGACUGAGAAGAAGGUCGUUAUUAUCCAUCGACUUCACCAAAUUCUUGAGCCUUUCAUGCUCAGGCGUCGUGUUGAAGAUGUUGGAGGUUCACUUGCACCCAAGGUCUCAGUUGUCUUAAGAUGCAGAAUGUCAGGUUUUCAGAGCGCUGUUUAUGAGUGGAUCAAGUCUACCGGUACACUUAAGAGUAGACCCUGUAUAUGAGAAGCGAAGGGCUGAAAAAAUCCAAAUUACCAGCCCAAAACCUAUAAAGUUUUAAAUAAUAGAUGUAUGAAGCUUCGAAGUGCAGCUUAGGCAAGCUGCACACCCCAGCCAGCCAGCUGGUGGGAAUUUGAAGAGAGCUCAUGCGGAAGUUGCUACGAGUGCACUGAACCAGGAGGCUUUUCUGAAGAAAUGAGAGACGCAUAGCUGAAUUGAAGUCAAAGUCUUAAAGAAAAGGAAUGGUAAAUGAAUUGGCUGCAAAAGGUGGAUCCAGCAGCCCAGGAAAUGAGACUGGUGUUUUGAGAGCAGAGAGGGUUGCCGUUGUGGAAGUAACAAGCCUAGGAGUUCAAUGGAGUUGUCCAAUUCAGAAAUUCACAAUAUGCUGGCGAGAAAGGCUAAGAUGGUGAUUAGCAAGAAGCUUAAAGGAUGGAGCGCAGCUGCUGCUUCUGGGACUUCGUGUAAGGAGAAAAAGGAUGUGGAAAAGAAGAAGCAAAUUGCUCCUGAAGUUACAAAUGAUCUGAUAAGGGAUAAACUGCUAAUGAUGCAGUGGUGGAUUCCAGAAUAUUAUGCGACCAGAAAAAGUCUCCUGUGUUUAUUGCACCUGUUGAUUUAGAACCAGAAAUUAAGUCAAUAACCGUUCCUGAUCCUGACUUCCAUAAUUUUGACAAGGAUAGAACGGAAAGAUCUUUUGAGGGUAAUCAAGUCUGGGCUGCUUAUGACUAUGAUGAUGGCAUGCCGCGCUAUUAUGCUCUCAUAGAGAGUGUGCUAUCCAAAAAGCCAUUUAAAGUGGAAUUCAGCUGGUUGAACUCAAAAAACAACUCUGAACUCGGCCCAAUGAAUUGGGUUGGUUCUGGCUUCCUCAAGACCAGUGGAGAUUUCAGGAUUGGCAAGCAUGAAACCAGUAAGACGCUCAAUUCUUUCUCCCCCAAGGUCUAGUGGGUGAAAGGGGCUAGAGGUGUUAUCCAAAUUUUCCCCAGAAAAGGGGAUGUUUGGGCUCUGUACAGGCAUUGGUCUCCUAAAUGGCAUUAGCUAAAUCCGGAUGAUGUGAUACAAAACUAUGAUAUGGUGGAAGUGCUUGGAGACUACACUGAGAAGGAAGGUGUCACAGUUGCUCCAUUAGUCUAAGUGGCAGUCUUCACAUCAGUGUUCCGUUAGCAUUUCAUAUUUCCUCACAGGCCAAAAAGCUCCAAAUGCUCCCACUGGUUGCUGGGAGCUGGAUCCUGCAGCCCUGCCCUUGGAACUUCUUAGAGUCAUGACAGAUGCUCAAAUAGAGGCUCAGAGAAAAGCUGCAGAUCCUUCAGACUCAGAAAGGACGUGGUGAAAGCAAAGAUAAGGAGAAGUCCUAUGCGGUUGGCGACAAAAAUGUGACAAAGCCCAUGGUGACAUAUUCAAGAAAGAAAAAGGAGAAAGCAAGUACAGGUGAAGCCAAGAGAGAAACAAGCUUGGCUGCUGCUUGAUGAUCAAGUAAUUUUGUUGUUUUCAAUAGUUUUAGCUACAUCCAAUCCCCCCCCCCCCCCCCGCACCCCCACACCCCCACACCCACUCACCCCAAAAAAACAAAAAAAAACCUUGUUUGAUUGCCAAUGAUAGAGUAGUUGAAGACAAUGAAUCAGCACCCAAAUGAAUGUUUGGCCUUGGUUGUUUGUGCUUCUAUAGGUAUACCGAUCAAGAAUGAACUAUACUGUAAAAGAACUUGAAUCGUACUGUAUAUUUCAAGUUUUUUCUCAAGUAACUUUUGGACAAUAAAUUUUCUAAA